GUCGGCCAAGAAGGACUCCCGCGUCCGAGUCCCCGGCAGGUUCUUGGAGGCCGCCGAGAACUUCAAAGAUGACUGACUCAGAAAAACCUCAGACCAGUGUUGCUGGCUGCUUCAAUCUGAAACAUGAAGAAGUAGCUUCUGCGUCACUAAAUGAGGUGGGAGCCCUGGGCCCAGAAAGCUUCGGUAGUGUUGAAGACCGGAAGCAGGCAAAGAUACCUGAGCAGCCCACACCCCCCAUUCAGCAGGAGCCUGAGCCCAUCAGCAGCGUGCUCCAGGGAGACGACAUUCUUGCCUUGGCCAUAAAGAAAGAGGACUUGAAGAAACAACACAUUCCUCGCCUUUCUGAAGACAGCCCUGCCAUCAUCCAGAAAUUUUUCAUCCGGAAGCUCAAACCCAAGGAUUCUCAGAGGAAGAUCUGCCACUUAGUAGCCCAUCCUGUGAACCCAGAUGUGGCCACAAAGCCCCUGGCCUACUUGGGUCCCGGUGACAGCUUCGAUGGACGUGACCAGAUCCUGCCUCACCACAUCUUGGGAACUCUCCAGGACUUUAAGAGAAUUGCAGUUGCUCGAGGGAACACCCAGCUGGCCGAGCUGAUCCGAACCCCACCCUGCCUCAUGACCCUCAUCUCAGCUAGAGAAGAACCAACACCAAAGGCCCCAAAGGAGAAGAAGAGGCAUCCCCGGGCCCCACCGCCUCAGCACAACUUUCUGAAACACUGGCAGUGGCACGUGGCCCUGCGGAAGAAGCAGCAGAAAGCCCUCAGUGAGCACCUGAAGAAGCCAAUCAACGAGCUGCUGAUGCACUCGGGUGAGACCUACAGACAGAUCCAGGAGGAGAGGGAACUCAUCGACCGCUUGCUGCCAACCGGGCAUGAUGGCAAAGACUACAAGAAGACCAGUGCAUUCUGGAGUCCCCUGGAAUACUUGGGAGGGGAGAUGACGGGUUUGGUCAUUACCAAGACAAAAACUCAGCGUGGAUUCAUGGAACCCAUCACCUGCAUCAGGAAGCCGCGCUCGAUCCAGGCGGAAACCGGAUUAUCUGCACCGAAGGACGCUUCGUUCCACCGUGCCUGGGACCGGAGUCUCUUUCUGAACUACCGGCGCAGGGAGCUGCAGAACCUGAUGGCCGAGCUCGAUUUUAGCCAGAGGGAUGUCGAUGGCUUGGAGGUGGUGGGCCGAAGGCAGCCCUUCUCGUCCGUCACAGUGGAGGACAUCGGCCUGUUUGGAAAGAGCCAAGCGAGUGCCUCGGAAGACACAGCUUGCCAGCAAGUGGAGGGACAGCGGCCAGACAAUGUGGCUUCCCCAGGCGCCCACGGAGACUUCUGGGCUGGUCACAGUGAUGCAGCCCCCAUGUCUAUUCUCGGUCCUUCUCUGCUAUUCUGCGGGAAGCCCGCUUGCUGGAUCAGAGGCCGCAACCCGCAGGACAAGAGCCAGGUCGGAAUCGGGGUGCGCUUGACCUUUGAAACCCUUGAAGGGGAGAAGACGUCCUCAGAACUGACCACAGUCAACAACGGCACGGUGGCCAUUUGGUAUGACUGGCGGCGGUGGCCUCAGCCCGACUCUUUCCAGGACUUAAAAAGAAGCAGGAUGCAGCGGUUCUAUUUCAACAACCGGGAAGGUGUGAUUCUGCCUGGAGAAACAAAAACCUUCACCUUCUUCUUCAAAUCUUUGAAUGCCGGGAUCUUUAGGGAGUCUUGGGAGUUCCGGACCCACCCCACUGUCCUGGGCGGUGCCCUCCUGCUGGUCACCCUGCAGGCAGUGUCCCUGACCCAGGACAUUUUCAGGGAUGAGAGGAAGUUGCUGGAGAGCAAGCUGGCUGCCCAUGAGUCGGUCAUCAUCGUGCACACUGUGCUGCAGGAACUGCUGAGGGGGAUCCUGACCCCGGAGCGCACGCCGUCCCCUGUGGACACCUAUGUGACAGAGGAGGACUUGUUCCACCGCGGGAACCCUGAGCUGCAUUACCAGCACCAGCUGGUGCAAGGCCUGCACCGGCUGUGGCACCAGUACAUGGUCCCGCCCCUCAAGGACAGAGAGCCCUGGCUCAGCCAGGAGGAGCCCCUGAGCUCCAGGAUCCAGGCAGCCUCUCUGGAGAAGGCCCCAGGGAAUCCUGAGCACUUUAGGAGUCCAGUCCCCGAGCUCCAGCUGCACUGGCCGGAGAGCAAGGCCCUCGGGGACCCCCGAGACCCCCUCCUGUCCCAGAAGUCUGCAGCAGGGACCAAGAAUUCCCCGAGCAAGCGCAUCACGGAGGAGAUCCUGAUGGAGGAGAUCCAAGACUGGGAGAGCUCCAGGAGCUGCUUGGAGCCUGAAGGCUUCUCCCUGCCCCAGUGGAACCUCUGCCUGGGGGACUUCAGAAAGGCCGUGAUGACUCUCCCCGAGGAGCACGAGAGAGAGGACGUGCUCAUCAGGCUCAACAGGGCAGCCCUGGAGCUGUGCCCAGAGCAGAGGCCGCUGCAGCCUGACCUCCUGUACCAGCUGUGUUUGCAGCUGUGGCGAGAUGUGAUCGACAGCCUGGUGUGCCACUCCGUGUGGCUGAGGAUGCUGCUGGGCCUCCCGGAGAAGGAGACCAUCUAUGUGUUCAUCCCAGAAGAGCAAGAUCAGAAAUCUCUUCCCACCAUGGAAAUGAAAGUGACAGCUGGGAGAGUUGGGAAGGAGGAGCGGAAAGGAGCACCCCAGGAAAAGAAGCAAGGGGGAGUCAGAGACAAAGAGGACAAAAAAGGAAGCAAGACACCCGUGAAAGAGGAACGUGUGAACAGCAAGAAGCAGAAGGCGAAGGAGGACAAGAAAGUCAUAAAGUCUACAAGUCAUGACAGGCUUUCCUCGGAAGACCCCACGCCUGAAAGCGCCAUGGCAUCUCAGGAGCCCACAGACCCUCUGGUCAUGGAGAAAUACAUGCAGCAGCUGCACACUGAGGUCUACAGGUUGCUGGACACCCUGGUGAUGAACCUGAUGGUGUUGGCUGAUGAGCUCAGCCCCAUGAAGGAUGUUGAGGAACAGCUGCAUGUCUAGCUGCCUCGGACCAAGCGACCCCCUGGGUAACAAAGAUGACAAUAAAGAGCCAUUAGAUUUCUAGUACGUGUGUUGAGCCUGUGUCUUAGGUGCUGGAUGUCCACAGGCUCAGUCACUGCCCAGGUCCUCCCAGUGCCUGGAGCCAUCCCCACCUGGGGAGGUGAUGGGAGAAGGACCAGGAGAAGAGCGAGUUGGUGGCAGGACAAGGAACCCAAUCGGUGACAGGGCAGAUAGCCGUGCCCUCAAAGUCCCUGCUCUGGUCUGCCUUGGCCCCCACCUCUAGGGUGAUGCUUUCCGGAGCUGGGUUCUCCCCAGUGUCACCACCAAGUAUGACAGCAUGAGCCCGGGAGGGAACUGGAACCCAUGGGACCUGGAUCCCCACACGCCUCCACCUCCGCUGGCUCCAGGGCCACCCUAGUCCCCAGAUGCCAGGCCCCUUGUCCUGUCUUCGGUGGAGGCUAUUUUCAGCUCUAGUCUGUGGUAUCUCCUUCCUCAUGUCAAAUCAUCAGCCCCUGAGCCAUUUGUCUGCCUUAAGAGCCAAGCAUGGUGGCGCAUGUC